AUGUCCAUUUCCAACAUCACAGUCUACACGCCCUCUGUGUUGACACUAAUAGGGAUCCCAGGCCUAGAAUCUGUGCAGUGCUGGAUUGGGAUUCCAUUCUGUGCCAUUUAUCUCAUUGCUAUGAUUGGAAAUUCCUUGCUUCUGAUCAUCAUCAAAUCUGAGCACAGUCUCCAUGAGCCCUUGUACAUUUUCUUAGGCAUGCUAGGAGCCACAGACAUUGCACUUGCUAGCAGCAUUAUGCCCAAGAUGCUUGGAAUAUUCUGGUUUAAUGUGCCUGAAAUCUAUUCUGAUUCCUGCUUGCUUCAAAUGUGGUUCAUCCACACAUUUCAGGGUAUAGAGUCCGGCAUCCUCGUGGCCAUGGCCCUGGACCGUUAUGUGGCCAUCUGUUAUCCACUAAGACAUGCCAACAUCUUCACCCACCAGCUUGUCAUUCAGAUAGGAACUAUGGUCGUACUCAGGGCUGCUAUUCUUGUAGCCCCAUGCCUAGUACUGAUAAAGUGCCGGUUUCAAUUUUAUCACACAACAGUCAUUUCCCACUCCUACUGUGAGCAUAUGGCCAUUGUGAAACUAGCGGCAGCAAAUGUUCAAGUCAACAAAAUCUAUGGUUUGUUUGUGGCCUUCACUGUUGGAGGAUUUGACCUCACAUUCAUCACAUUGUCCUACAUCCAGAUAUUUAUCACAGUUUUUCGUUUGCCCCAGAAGGAGGCUAGGUUUAAAGCAUUCAAUACCUGCAUUGCUCACAUGUGUGUCUUCCUCCAGUUCUACCUCCUUGCCUUCUUCUCCUUCUUCACACAGAGGUUUGGGUCUCACAUCCCCCCUUAUAUCCAUAUUCUCUUUUCUAGCAUUUACUUGCUGGUCCCUCCAUUUCUCAAUCCACUUGUCUAUGGUGCAAAGACCACACAGAUUCGCAUCCAUGUGGUGAAAAUGUUCUGUUCAUGA